AUGGACUGUACGGUGUCGCUUCAGGUGCAGCAUCAUCUGGCCGUGUAUCCUAACGAGCUGUUCCAAGGAUACAGGCUUGAACUACAGAUGAAGUCUACUGAAGUGGAUCAGGCGCUCUUCACUGACUCCUACUGCAGAGUAUGCAGUGCGCAGCUCAUCUCAGAGUCCCAGAGGGUCGCCCACUAUGAGAGUCGAAAACAUGCAAACAAAGUGCGACUCUACUACAUGCUACACCCGGCUGAUGGAGGCUGCCCAGCCAAGAAACUCCGGACAGAGGGCAGUGAGGAGGGUGACGUGGUUGAUAAGAACAAGUGCUGUACGCUGUGCAACAUGUCCUUCACAUCCGCAGUGGUGGCGCAGUCCCACUACCAGGGCAAGAUCCACGCCAAGAGGCUACGGCUGCUACUGGGAGAGCCCCCCGCCAUUACCACCAAAGAAGAAGUGACAUCGAGCACAGGGCAGUUGGUGGCGGCGGUGGCAGCUGGCGAGAUGCCCACGGUGGCGGUGGAGGCAGAGGCGGCGGUGGCGGUGGCCGUGGCAUCACCCCCCAGGCCAGGUCGCGUGUCCCACCGCUACUGCCAGCUGUGUAAGGCCUGGUUCAACAACCCGGGCAUGGCCCAGCAGCACUACGACGGCAAGAAGCACAAGAAGAAUGCGGCGCGCGCCCAACUCCUGGAACAGCUCGGAGAGAGCCUGGAGCUUGGCGAGAUCAACGGCCUGAAGCGAAGUCACACAUGUGAUGUCUGCCAUGUUACACUCAACUCUGUGGCCCAGUACCACGCACACCUACAGGGCUCCAAGCACCAGAACAACAUCAAAGCCUGUGUGUGUAGGGUGCACGUGUCCAAGGGGAAGUUUACUCAUCUCAGUCGCCUGGCGUGCCCUCUGAACAGCUCUCAGCUGGCGUGA